AUGUCUCUUCUCAAUGAUUGGCAUUUCUUUACUGAACAUGGACCCACUCUCCAGUAUUGGCUCCUCAUUCCCUUCCUCCUCACUCUCACUUCCAUGUUCAUUUCAGUACUCGCUCAAUUUUGUUGUUCGUUUUGGCCACUCAUUGAAUAUGCUCCUCAUUAUGAAAACAAACCAACGAAAAGUUUAGUGUUGAGUUUCAUUCUGAAUCAUUCGAUGGCUUCUCUUCUCACGACUAGUUGCAUUGUAUUGGCUCGAUCGUAUGGCUCUUUGUAUGAACUCAAUAUUUGGCAAAUGACUUCUCAUAUCGAACGAGUUUGGUAUAUUGGAAAAGUCCUUCUCUGUGUGCUCAUCAUGUUACUACUCUACGAUCUCUGUGUGUAUGCCUUUCAUCGAUCGUGUCACGCCCAUAAAUUUCUCUAUGCAUUCUUUCACAAGCAACAUCAUGAAAAUUGUGCACCCAGAGGAAUUCUCGAUGCCAUUUAUGGAGAUUCUUUGGAAAGUCUCAUUGUUGCCACGUGUGGAAGUGGUCAAAUGAUACUCUUCCCAUUUCCAAUAAGUUCAGUGGUGAUCUUUCUCUUUCUCAUUAGUUUUCUGGUUCAAAUGAAUCAUUCUGGUCAUCGUGUUCAAAUUCCAUAUUUUUACAAUUUUAAAUUUCACACCACGCAUCAUUUACAUUUUCGAGUGAAUUUUUCUGAACAUUGUAUGGUAUGGGAUUAUGUGUUUGGAACUUUGAAAUUGUCAGAUCCAAGUGCGAAGGUUCGAAAUUUGGUGAAGCAUGAGAAGGAGAAAGGAUGUGAGCGUGUGGAAUCAUGCUCUUCAUGUCCUCCAGUACACAGAGAAAAGAAAAAGGAUAAUAGUACUUGA